UGGGGAGGAGAGAUGGUUUGCUUUGCUUUGCUGAGGAGGAAGAAAAGGACGAAGCAGGAGAAGCCUGGCUGGGCGUGCACGUGCAUAUAAAUGUGAUAUAAAUGUGCAUAUAAAUGUGCAUGUGCGGGCGCUGCCAGAAAGGGCGUCCGUCCUCCGGAGCCUGCUGCACCAGGGUGGUACUCGCCCUUUCUCCCCCACCUCCCUUUUUUACAGGCUUAAUGGGGAGGGAGAAAGCAAUGGCCCAACCAACCGAGCCUGAGCUGCUCUUGUGGCUGCUGUACUUCAUUCUCUGCAGAAAUCAGUAGAGUCGAGAAGUAGUUCCUUGCUACAGGAGCAAUGGAGAUGCAAUCUUACUACACUAAACUCUUGGGAGAGCUCAAUGAGCAACGGAAGAGGGACUUCUUUUGUGACUGUAGUAUCAUUGUGGAGGGGAGGAUUUUCAAAGCCCACAAGAACAUUCUCUUUGCCAACAGUGGUUACUUUAGAGCAUUGCUGAUCCAUUACAUCCAAGACAGUGGUCGGCACAGCACUGCGUCCUUGGACAUUGUCACAUCAGAGGCCUUCUCAAUUAUCCUGGACUUCCUUUAUUCAGGGAAGUUAGAUCUUUGUGGGGAAAAUGUGAUUGAAGUCAUGUCUGCAGCCAGUUACCUGCAGAUGACUGAUGUCGUCAACUUCUGCAAGACGUAUAUCAGGUCGUCGCUGGAUAUCUGCAGGAAAAUAGAGAGAGAAGCUGCCUUUUAUCAGGCUGACAGCGGGAGCUCCAGUUCUGCUCGAGAGGGUACAUCGUAUGGUGCAAAGAGCCAGUGUUCUGCAUCGGUUUCAUCUCUGCAGGAAAAGGAAAGGGUUCCAGAUUGCCAGCGAGACCCUCCUUGUGGGGAAUGUUGCAGCUGCCACCCCAUUCAGCUUGUGGUGAGGGACCCUGUAAGCAGUGAGUCUCCAGAUGACACAAAUUCUUCACUGCCCAAAGUGGUAGAACCCAAAGUAGAGUUUGAUGCAGAUGAAGUGGAAAUGGAAGUUGGUGACCGGCUACAGCAGUACCCAACUCCACUGACAAUUGAACAGCUAGAACAGGGGCUCCACAGUGGCCAGGCUGUGGACCUGGCGUGCAACAACUACCACAUGAAGCAGUUCCUGGAAGCUUUGCUGCGCAACAGCACAGCCCAGAGGAAGGAUGAUGUGGUCCAUCACUUUGUUCGUGGGUUUGAGGGUAGGCCAGAAGACCCAGGUGGCCCCGUGAGUUCCAUGGUGGACAUUCACAAUGACUGGUAUGGAGAGGAUGCAGGUGAUGUGCUGGUUGUGCCAAUCAAGCUGCACAAGUGUCCCUUCUGCCCCUACACGGCCAAGCAGAAAGGAAUCCUGAAGCGACACAUCCGUUCGCACACUGGUGAGAGACCCUAUCCCUGUGAGAUAUGUGGCAAGCGCUUUACCCGGCAGGAACACCUCCGGAGUCACGCUCUGAGCGUCCAUCGGUCAAACAAGCCAAUCAUCUGCAAGGGCUGCAGAAGAACAUUUACAAGCAGCCUGUCCCAAGGCUUACGGCGCUUCGGUCUGUGUGACAGCUGCACUUGCGUCACAACUACACAUGAGGAUUCAAUGCCCAUUAACCUCAGCCUGAUGGAACCUUCAUCUGAAGGUCAGGAAAAGAGCGAUCCGGACAAUGAUUGGCCCAUCUAUGUGGAAUCUGGUGAUGAAAAUGAUCCGCCUGAAGAUGACGAUCCUGACCCGGAUCCUGAUGACAAGCAGGAUCUCCAUCGAGAAGCACUUAUGUAGCAGCAAGAAGAGAGUGGGGAGGUGUAAACCGUUUGUCUUAUUAUUGAUUUGUCGUCUUGACAGCUGGACACUGCAUAUUUAUCUAGAAUCGUGAAGUGUGUGUUUUUAUAUGAAUAAAUCCCAUUUCCUAGAACAGGUAGGAACAACUGGAUUUCUAAAAUUCUGAAGCGUCUUUUUGUUAGUGCUGUGCACUACAUAUUUGAAAGGAAUUGUGUGUCCAGGGUGAACAGAAGCCGUGUUUCUUGCUAUCGUCCUGUUAUCUUUCAGAUACAAGGUGGGACCUCUAAAUCUUCCAUGUUGACUUGAUGUGAUCUCUCUUCUGCCCCCCUCCUGCUGCUCCCAUAGCUGCCGUUCCUCCUUGCCUUCUCCCUGUCUCCCAGCAAUGCAACCUUCUCUUUUCGAAAAGAGAUCUGGAUCUCAAUGCAAACAAGGCUAAAAGUCCACUACAGCUAAAACAUACCCAGUAAGGAAUAAUUGCAUAUGCACAAAUCAAGAAAUGGCUCUAUUUUUUUUAACUAGAUGUUUAUAAAGAUUAAACUUUGACACUUCAGGUCAGCCUCAAGAAAUCUGUGAAUAAAGGAUCCAGUUAAAAGGCAGAUAAAGAGUUUACAGAUCUCUAUGACAACAAACUUGAGAGAUGGAAUCCCAACAGGCAUAGUGCUUGAACAAGGAGAGGCAUGUCAAGAUGAACCCAUGUGUGCUACACAGGCACUUAAUGUUGAUAUGUUAUGGGGAGGUACUCAGUGGCGCAGCGCAAGCAAAAGGUCCCAAGUUCAGUCCCGGCAGCAUCUGCAGUUAGAUGGGUCAGGCAGUGGGUGAUGGGGAAAGACUUGCUGCCGGAGACCCUGAAGAGUUGCUGCUAGUCAGGAUAGAAAAUAAUGGGCUGGAGAGGCCAAUAUCCUGACUCAGGCUAUGGCGGUUUCAUACGAAUUACGGUCUUCUGUUACUGGUCUCUUUGGAGGUGGGUCCAGCACACAAUCUGUUAAAUGUUUGUUUAAGCAGUUACUGAAGAUUUGCUUCUUAUUGCGUGAGCCGAUUUCUUCCUUAAGCAAACAAACAAAGCAAACCUUCCUUCCUUCCUUCCUUCCUUCCUUCCUUCCUUCCUUCCUUCCUUCCUUCCUUCUUUCUUUCUUUCCUUCCUUCCUUCCUUCCUUCCUUCCUUCCUUCCUUCCUUCUUUCCUUCCUUCUUUCCUUCCUUCUUUCCUUCCUUCCUUCCUUCCUUCUUUCCUUCUUUCCUUCCUUCUUUCCUUCCUUCCUUCCUUCCUUCCUUCCAUGGAUUUGCAAAAUCACACCUGUUACUAUCUCUAGGCACCACCAGGAGAUCAGAGAUGGCAAGAGCAGAAAAUCCCUCACAAUGAGGGGAAGUAUGAGGGGGAUAAAUAUAAAAUCCUGAAGAGCAUCUCUUGAAAUGCCCGAGACUUGGUCAUACAGAUGUUUGUUAGAAUUGCAAGAACUUCAGUUUACAUCCCCUCAUUUAAAAACAAACAAACAAAACCCUCAAAAAACCCUCCUGGAAUGCCAAACUUCUGGUCACUGGAGCUUGGACAAAUCGUUCCCUUCCCAAAUCAUCCCAGUCGUGCAAUUCUUGUAAAAACUCUGAAUGAGCAAGCUAGCCCGUCCGUUUAUACUGCUGCUGCAUCUCCAGUGGGGCCCCUGUGCAGAGGAGCCUGUUGCUGUCCUGCAGCCCAACCACCUCCUUGCUCAUGUUCCUGCUGUUUGUACAGUCGUAUGGGUAGUAUUUGUUGAUCAUGGUGGCUUUUACAUCUAUACUGUCUUAAGAAUUUGUCUUCAUUACUGUUCCUAGUUAGAAAUUCCAGCUUGGACCCUGCCUUUUUCCUGUUGAAUGACAGGAAUUUGGCUUCCUGAAGGAUGUGAGGUUGCUCUGUUUGCUUUUACUAGUACUGAAUUUCUAUAGGCUAUUAAAUUGGCUGGAAAACUGAAAUGUCUGUGGAGAUAAGAUAAUUAAAGAUACCAAAACAAACAAUUCAGUGAAACUCAAGGUGCAAAACUGUACAUGGCAAUUUGUUGCCAUCUUGGUCAUAGUAAACUUCACAACCUGGAUGAAGACGGAGCACUAAAACUGGAUGCUUGUCCUGCAAGGGUCGGAGGCUGCCUUAAUGAGGAUGGUGUUCCUGUUACACACUGGACAGCUCUAAAAUGGACCAUCUUGCAAAUACAUCAUUUGUGAAGUUUGAUGGAUUAUAUUCUUUUUUACUAUUCAAGCUUUCCCACCUGCUGCUUCUAGAAAUGAACACUACUGUAGAAAAGUUAUGAUGUUAUAAAUGUAGCAUUUUUAUAUUAUCAUAAAAUUAUGCAGGAUGACAACAGGGCAAGGGAAGAAGCAAUAAUCUUUUUUAAAAUCAAAGCGUGGCAUUUAUAAUGGGCUGUCCCCAUUUUUCUUUCAACCAAUCGAGGCUCUCAGGUGUUAACUCCUGAGACCAUUGUUGUGGGGUGCAUUUCUUAAAAGGUGGAGCUUGUAUACUUAUUGGAAAACACAGUUUUGGACAAUGUCUUCAGUCAUCUGAUGUUCCGGAAAAUUGGUCUUGAGAAAAAAUUUGAAAGGUUCAAUCCUGAAAGUUAGCAAUGACUUUCUAAAAAGCUGAGUACACAACAAAAUGAGCUGAGCUUCAUGAACCACAGUUUAGGCUUGCUUCAGUCUCCUGCAUUUUUCAGGAACUGAGUUGCCCAUUGACAGCAAUUUAGGAAUGCAAUUGGUGAUCCUAACACAUUCGCUCUGAUAAUUUGGGACCCUUAUUUCUGUCCUCAUGCUGAUGGUUUAUCACUUUGUUACGAGUACUUUAGAAACCACUGAAGAGUUGUAAUGCCCACUGGGCAUGACAUUGGCUUGUGUGCUGAUCUUAAUGGCUUAACUUCAUUUCACCCAGUAUGUAGCGGUAUGCUGAGGUGCAUAAGCAGAGCUAGGAGGAAAUGCAUGGCUCAUCUAGGGAUGUGGGUACUUUUAGACAGCUUCAUUUGAUCCUUAGAGUUUUUCUUGUGUGUCUUUUGAGUAGAGAAUGAAUCUCUUUAUGCUUUGUGUAAUGGGGUCUGGGGUGGUGGAGAUUCUAAUCUCAUUCUUGUUAGGGAACUGCCAAAAUGAAGAUUUUUCAGUUUGCAAGUGGAUCCUGGGUGUCAUCUUACGCUCACUUGAAAAGGAUGCACUUGACUUGCUAGUCUGCAACAGUUGUUCUUGUGGAUCUAGUACUUGCUGUGAUUCUUGCUCAGUUCUGUGACAUUCCCUUGGAACCCUCCAUUCUAAGUGUGUAAGCAAGUUGGGAGGAAAGCGCUGCUGCACUGCAAAGGAGCGAUUUCAUGGUGCUUCAAGAAGGCAUGGAAAGCCACCUGAGCUUGGCGUAACUUCUUUUGGAGAGGAAGUGUCAAUUUUUUUCAAUUUCCCUGGGGUUUCCCCCAUUUAAAUAUGCAGCUGGGAUAGCACAUUGUACUACUCUUAGGUAGGCCUCUUGCUUGUAAUUUUACUCCAGUUGUAAACAUGCGUACUUGGAAGUAAAUCCUAUUCAUUUCA